ACAUCAAAUAACCCCAUGAAAUGUUUGGCCCUCUGUCAUCAUUGUCCAUAAAAACAGAAAACCAUGGUUUCAUAAUGAAGACACCAGAAACUGUAUCCUGUCCUCAAGUUAAAUCACUGCUUGAUGAACCAGAGCUUAUCGCCUCUAUAGACACUCGGUAUAAUUAUUUACACAGUGUUACCUGUCUCAGAGAUGAAGAAAUCUGGACAGGUGGAUACGACAAUAUCAUGAAACUCUACAACCUCCAAGGUGAACUAUUGAAGUCAAUCCAAACCAAGUCACGAAAGGUACCAUAUGACAUUGCAGUGACAAAGAGUGGAGAUCUAGUUCAUACCGAUGGUGAUACAAGAACUGUAAACAUAGUAAAGGGUAAAGAGAUAGAGGAACUGAUCAGACUACAGGGGUGGAAACCUAUCAAUAUUUGUAGUACUUCUUCUGGGGAACUACUGGUUACCAUGGACAGUGAUGAUGAUAAACAAUCAAAGGUUGUUCGUUACUCUGGAUUCACUGAGAAACAAAGCAUUCAGUUUGAUGAUCAUGGUAAACCUCUUUAUUCCUCCGGUGAUCUUAAAUGCAUCAGUGAGAACAGGAACCUUGAUAUCUGUGUGGCUGACAAUAGAGAUAAAGCAGUAGUUGUAGUUAAUCCGGCAGGAAAACUCCUAUUUAGAUACACUGGUCAUCCUUCUGCUAAUAAGAAAUCAUUUGAUCCAGUUUGCAUUACAACAGACAGCCAAAGUCAGAUCCUGACAGUAGAUGGUGACAACAACUGUAUUCAUAUCCUAGAUCAGGAUGGACUGUUCCUCCGUUAUAUUGAUAUCUGUGAUCUUAAGUAUCCAUUUGGUUUAUGUGUUGACACCAAAGACAACCUGUUUGUGGCUGAGCAGAUGAGUGGUAAAGUGAAGAAAAUUAAAUACAUGUAA